UCUCCCGGCGCGGGACGAUGAGGCUCAUCGGGGCCCUCAGAGCAGCUCCGCGGCGGGUAUCGGCUUAUGACUAGGACCGGGAGAGUCGUCGCAGUUAAAAAUGGCAGAAACAACCACUUCUCCACUGAAGCAUUUUGUGCUGGCUAAAAAGACGAUUACUGCCAUCUUUGACCAGUUACUGGAGUACGUGACUGAAGGCACAAAUUUUGUUGAAGCAACAUAUAAGAAUCCAGAACUUGAACGGAUAGCUACCGAGGAUGAUCUGGAAGAAAUACAGGGCUAUAAGAAUAAACUAUCAGUCAUUGGUGAGGUGCUGGCCCGGAGGCACAUGAAAGUGGCAUUUUUUGGCAGGACAAGUAGUGGCAAGAGCUCUGUCAUCAAUGCAAUGUUAUGGGACAAAGUCCUUCCCAGUGGCAUUGGUCACACGACAAACUGCUUCCUGAGUGUAGAAGGAACAGAUGGGGAUAAAGCAUAUUUGAUGACUGAAGGAUCAGACGAGAAGAAAAGUGUCAAGACUGUGAACCAACUCGCUCAUGCUCUUCAUAUGGACAAAGACCUGAAAGCUGGUUGUCUUGUACAUGUAUUUUGGCCCAAGGCAAAGUGUGCAUUAUUGAGGGACGACUUGGUUUUAGUAGACAGUCCAGGCACAGAUGUCACUACAGAGCUGGAUAGCUGGAUCGAUAAAUUUUGUUUAGACGCUGAUGUCUUCGUUUUGGUAGCAAAUUCAGAGUCAACACUAAUGAACACGGAAAAACACUUUUUUCACAAGGUCAAUGAGCGACUUUCUAAGCCUAAUAUCUUUAUCCUGAAUAACCGUUGGGAUGCCUCUGCCUCAGAACCAGAAUAUAUGGAAGAUGUACGGAGGCAGCACAUGGAGCGAUGCCUGAAUUUCUUGGUGGAGGAGCUCAAAGUUGUGGAUCCCUCUGAAGCACAGAAUCGCAUCUUCUUUGUUUCAGCAAAGGAAGUUCUCAGUGCUCGAAAGCAAAAGGCACAAGGAAUGCCUGAGGGAGGUGGGGCACUUGCUGAAGGAUUUCAGACAAGAUUCCAGGAAUUUCAGAACUUUGAACAGAUUUUUGAGGAGUGUAUCUCGCAGUCAGCAGUGAAAACAAAGUUUGAACAGCACACUAUCAGAGCUAAACAGAUAAUAGAUACUGUGAAAAACAUAAUGGAUGCAAUAAACGUGGCAGCUGCAGAAAAAAGGAUUUAUUCCUUGGAGGAGAGGGAGGACCAGACCGACAGAUUGGAUUUUAUUAGAAAUCAGAUGAACCUUUUAACACAAGAUGUUAAGAAAAAAAUCAAAGAGGUGACUGCAGAGGUAGAGAACAAGGUUUCAUGUGCUAUGACAGAUGAAAUUUGUCGUCUUUCUCUUUUGGUCGAUGAGUUUUGCUCUGACUUUCAUCCUUCUCCAAGUGUGCUUAAAGUGUAUAAAACUGAACUAAACAAGCACAUAGAAGAUGGUAUGGGAAGAAAUUUGGCUGAUCGCUGUUCCACUGAAGUCAAUGCCUCAAUGCACCAAUCGCAGCAGGAAAUGAUUGAAAAUUUGAAGCCAUUGCUUCCUGCUGGCAUACAAAAUAAGCUCCAUGUAUUAAUCCCUUGUAAGAAAUUUGAUCUCAGCUAUGAUCUGAAUUGUCACAAGUUGUGUUCUGACUUUCAAGAAGAUAUUGUAUUUCGUUUUUCCUUGGGUUGGUCAUCUCUGGUUAGCCGGUUCCUGGGGCCUACGAAUGCCCAGAGGGUACUCUUAGGAUUAUCAGAGCCCAUCUUUCAGGUGCCUCGAUCUAUUGCUUCUACUCCCUCUGCCCCUCCUAAUGCUGCAACCCCAGAUCUGGCGUCUCAGGAAGAAGUGAUGGUUACCUUAAUAACAGGCUUAGCUUCUUUAACAUCAAGGACUUCUAUGGGAAUCAUUGUCGUUGGAGGAGUGAUCUGGAAAACAGUGGGCUGGAAACUUAUAACAAUUUCCCUAAGUAUGUAUGGAGCUUUAUAUCUUUACGAACGGCUGACUUGGACCACUCGAGCAAAGGAGAAAGCCUUCAAGCAGCAGUUUGUAAACUAUGCAACUGAAAAACUGCAGAUGAUUGUUAGCUUCACAAGUGCUAAUUGCAGCCAUCAAGUGCAGCAGGAAAUGGCUACGACUUUUGCUCGCCUGUGUCAACAAGUUGAUGUUACCCAGAAACAGUUGGAAGACGAAAUUUCUAGACUGUCCAAAGAAAUAGACCAGUUGGAGAAAAUACAAAACAAUUCAAAACUUUUAAGAAAUAAAGCAAUUCGGCUUGAAAACGAUCUGGAGAAUUUUACGAAGCAGUUUCUCCAUCCAAGUAAAUAGAAGAAUCUCAGCAGAUGGUUUUGGUGGCACCAGAAGAAAAAUUACUCUAAAUAUGAAUUAUAUUGACUGUGCUUGUUGAAAAUUGCAAAUCUGGGUUUAGAUUCUGGAAGUGAACUAUCUCAAGGUGUUUGCGUUUCUUAACAAUGGUUCUGUGGUAUGUUUGUAUGCUUAGUUGUAAUGUGGGUGAGGGUGGGCGGGCAAAGAACCAAAUCUUUUGCUGAUUUAAAAUAAUGAAUUUGUGAAAGGAAGCACAACUAACUGAGAGACCUAUGGCUGGGGAAUGGGCUCUUGAGCUCUGCAAUAGGGUUUUGUUUGGUUCUGAAAAACCCUGCUUCCUGGCAUCCAGGAAUUAGAAAGGCCACUAAAGUCUCAUUUCUCCCCUCCCAAUAAUAAUUUUCAGUGCCCUCUUUUAUUGAGAGUAACCGGUCUUUUAUUUUUUUUUAAAUACCCAUUUAUUAGCCAAGAAGAGGAGGAUUUCUUAAAGUGUUAUUUAUGCAAAUAACAAAGUUUUGUCACAUUAAUAAGUUUUUCACUGUUGCCUGUUACAACUGCCUAAUCACAAGUCUUAUCUUCAAGUUAUCAUUCACUUAGAAGAGGUUUUGUGGGUAAUUUGCCUCUCUUUGGUAAAGGAACACCUUCAACAAAACUCCUGAAAUGAAGUUAGAAGUGUCAGAUUGAUACAAAUAACAGCCAUAGAGAGCCGUUAGAAUCCAGUGUGUCAGGGAGCUAUACAGGCGUACCUUGAUGCACAAAAAUGAGGAGUGCUUGCCUGUAUAGACUGAGAUUUCAUGUGGAACUGUGUUUAAGUAGUAUUGCCCGGUGCCCUUUAAUUUGAUCCCAAGUGAAUUUGCUAGUUUGGACAGAAGUUGAAGUGGUUUGAAUUCGUCUUACCAAGGCUUUCAUGUGCUUAGUAGAUGGUGAAUCAUCCAGUUUGCUUUUAUAUCCACAAUGGAGUUGACAGUUAAUAUAGGAAUGAAGAAAAAUUCUGUUGCUCUCGGGGGUUACUGUACUGACUAGGUUUGACAUUUUAUUGGGGCAAGAACAGAAUUUCCCACUCUUUUAUUUUAGGUACCAGAGCUGAGCUCUUUCCCUGGGCUGCCUGAGCAGUUUUCUGUUGAAAACAUUUUACUGUAAAUAGGGAUUUUUUUUUGGGGGGGGGGAUUAUUCAUUCUCUGCUUCCCUUUUUGUGCCUUUAAGGCUCUGAAUGCUAUUUAUUAUUCGACUUUCUCAAAGGCAGGUGUGCCUGUAUUUUUAAAGAAUAAAUAGCAUUGUUUUUUGGCCAUUAAAAGUCUUUCAAAUUAUUUAUAUAUUUUUAUGCAAAUUAAAUGUUUAACAGAAUAAAAUAUUCAGGUCCAGAAUUGAAUGAAAAGUCAUUAAAUUGUACAGACUGCUGAUAACUCUUAACAGGGCCCAACUCAAGAAUGGGAAAAGUGGCAACAAGUCUCGGAUUAGAGUUCACACUCGCCUCGGGCCACAGGUUGGCCCCAAGUAUGAGCCGGCUCUCCUGUAUGCAUGUGGACAGUGCAGUGGCUUGGUUGCCACUUGGUUGAUUAGCAUAGCGGUCAUUCGUUUCCUUCAGUACUUUGAAAUAAAGAAUUGCCACCUGA